AUGCCUGCCACUACGGCGGACACACUAUCCCUCGUCAACCGCUCCGUCACGGUUGCUCCGUUAGUCCUGCUCUCCGUCGCCGAUCACUACGGCCGGACUGCCAAGGGAACCCGGAAGCGUGUCGUGGGUGUUUUGCUCGGUGAGAGCUCGGGUGGCAAUGUGCGAGUAUCCAACAGUUUUGCAGUCCCGUUCGAGGAGGAUGAGAAGGACCCCUCAGUGUGGUUCCUAGACCACAAUUUUGUCGAGUCGAUGGGAGACAUGUUCAAGAAAAUCAAUGCUCGUGAGAAGCUGGUCGGCUGGUACCACUCGGGCCCCAAGCUGCGCGCCUCGGAUCUGGAGAUCAAUGAGCUCUUCAAGAAAUACACACCAAACCCCUUGCUGGUGAUCGUGGAUGUCCAGCCGAAGGAAGUGGGCGUUCCGACAGAUGCGUACUUUGCGGUGGAUGAGAUCAAGGAUGACGGUACAACGACUUCCAAGACGUUCGUGCACACCCCGUCGAUAAUCGAAGCCGAGGAGGCAGAGGAGAUUGGUGUAGAGCACCUGCUCCGGGAUAUCAGAGACGUUGCCGUUGGCACUCUUUCUACUCGAAUCACUUCACAGCUGCAGUCAUUGCAAGGACUGCACCUCCGACUACGCGAUAUUGGCCAAUACCUCCAGAAAGUCCUCGAUGGCGAGCUCCCCGUCAACCACGCCAUUCUGGGUAACCUCCAGGACGUCUUCAAUCUCCUCCCGAACUUGUCCACACCCGCGGCGCAACCGGCCGUCAGUGGCCAGGAGCAGCCUAUCGAGAACAGCGAGCUUGCACGGGCCAUGAGCGUCAAGACGAACGAUCAAUUGAUGGCCAUCUAUAUCAGCAGUUUGAUCCGUGCCAUCACAGCUUUCCACGACCUCAUCGAGAACAAGAUCCAAAACCGCCAGCAGCAGGAGGAAAAUGACUCAAAGCGGGAGCAAGAGCUGAGUGCGGCCAAGGAAGAGAAGGAUGCUAAGAAGACCACUGGGUCGAACAGCGAGCAGAAGGAGGAGCAGGAUGCCUCUGAUAAGAGCAAGAAGAAGAGCUAA